GACAAAUACAUUAUUAUAUCUAUUGGAAUGAUAGGGAUAUCAACGACAUCGAUGUCUAUAUUGGAGUCAUGUCUACCCCUGUGGUUGAUUGAAAAUAUGAAGCCUACCCCUGAGAAAUGGCAAUUAGGAACAGUAUUCAUACCGGACAGCAUUGGCUACUUAAUUGGCACUAAUUUUAUGAUUUCCUAUUUCUUCAGUAAAACUGAGCGAUGGAUAACAGCCAUGUCCUCAUUGGCAUUGGUUGGGUUGAGUGCUAUGGCUAUACCUUUGGCAUCAAAUAUGAAUCACUUAAUUGUGCCUCACUUUGGUCUUGGAUUAGGAAUUGGCACAAUAGACGCGGCAAUUAUGCCAUUCUUGGCUAAUAUAGUGGACACUAAGUUCUUCACACUGUAUGGCAGUGUUUACGCCAUCGCACAGACAGCUGUUUGUUUGGCAUAUUCUUUGGGGCCCUUAAUAAGCGGUCAAUUGAUUGGCAUUGGUUUGGACUUCUCAACCCUAAUACGAAUCGUGGGUCUCAUGAAUCUCUUGUAUUGUCCUUUUUGUCUCACUUUGAGGAAUGUUGUCUCCAAUAAUAAGGAAAAGGACUUGGAGGUGACUGCAAACAUCAAAUGCAAUAAAGACACGGAAGAGGAGUACUUCAACGCAGUGGUGACCCUUCCCACCGGUUUCGGCACUAUCCCGGUGUUCAAUGAGGCCUCUAAUGUGAACCCAAGUGUUUCCGACGAGUGUAUCAUAAAACAGACAGCGAUGGGAAGCAAUAAAUUUGCGGUUAAAAUACUGGAUCUCGACUCUUGUGGUGUCCAAACGCAAAAGGCAGCCGACGGUGCCCUCUGGAUGUCCGUCUCAUUGAGGUUUCCGUUGAUUGGAUCUCUCAGGACGGCUGACGACGAGAUCAUAACUCUUAUGUGUCGACCACAGGAUAGGGUUAUUGUCAGGAAUCAUGUGUUGGACAUCAAAAGUCAAAUACAAAACCCAUUGAGAACUGUAUUCAGUAGUUCUCCACUCGAUUUUGACUGCAAUUUAGAGGUGUAUCUGAAGUCAGAUGAAGACAACGCUUUCAGUCGAAUGCUUCCCAAUGAAGAUGUCAUAGAAGUCGGACAGGAAGUGCAACUCAGAGCUACUGUUAGAUCGGGAGAUGGCUGGAAGUAUGCGAUGAUAAAGGACGUGACCGUCCAUAAAGUGAUUCCUCUAUCAAAUAGUUUGCAAACAUUUUCAACGCUCUCCUCAUUGAGACAAUCGGCUCUCGACAAAGACUCGACCGAAUCGAGUGCUAAUAAAUUUGGUUCAUUUUUCUCCAAUUCCCUGAACAUACGGAAGGCGUCCACCGCUCAGAGGUUCGGCAAAAGCGGUGAAUCCGAGCGCCAGAAGAGAGAGUCGACGGAUGAGACGCGAGAGAAGCGACAGAUACCGGACGCCGCGUUUCUGGUGCUCAGCGACGGCUGCCGUAAUCCCGUGUUUCGCUCGAUUGCCGUCAAUCACCCGACGCAGGAGUCCAACGAUAAUCUGUUGGUGUCUUUCAAUUUCAAGGCCUUUAUGUUUCAGGACAUGGAUGAGAGCGGAACCAUUCGUAUCACCGCUAAAGUGAUUGCGUGUGUCGAGGAGGAGGACUGUCGACCUAUCCGAUGCAUAGAUGACGAGCACUUCGGUUACGGGAGACGACGAAAGCGGUCACUAAAUCACACGGAGUUCACGAAUGCCUCUCAAAUCAGUGACUAUUCGCGGGAACUUCAGCUCAAAGUAGUGAUGCCUUCGUUCACAUCGGCAUAUGUCAACUCAGAUGUGCAGCCAGUGAUCAGCAAAUGGUUUGGUUUAACCGACAAAAACGAUUGCCGUUAUGUAAUAUACUUAAUGGGAACACUCGCACUGACAAAUUUAAUCCCUGACCUCAUCGGCGUCCUUAUAUCGGGGCUCAUUAGCAACAAAAAAGUCAUCGAAAUAAUUGUAUAA